AUGGUCAACUGGAACCGCGUCUGGGUGGUGGGUACCACAUGCCUCAUCGGGUUCAUCUCGUACUCCAGCCAGAUCUUCCUCAUCUGGCCGUGGUACGGGAGGGAGGUGAGCGUCGACCUGCUCAAGCUCCUCAUCCCUUUCAAUCUCCUCGUCUGCAUGGUGUGGUGGAACUACCGCCUCUGUGUCAUCACCGAGCCUGGAAGUGUGCCAACAGGAUGGCGCCCAAACCUUGACGGGUCCGAGCAUGUUGAAGUGAAGCGCUCCUCAUCUGCGCCGCGUUACUGCAAGAUGUGCGACCACUUCAAACCACCCCGCGCGCACCACUGCCGAACCUGCAACGCCUGUGUCUUGAAACUUGACCACCAUUGCCCAUGGAUCGCUAACUGUGUGGGUUACUUCAACCAUGCCCACUUCAUCCGUUUCCUCCUCUGGGUCGACAUUGCCACUUCAUACCACCUCCUCAUGGUGUGUUCCAAGGUCAUGGAUAUUAUCCGUAAUCCAUUCGACGAGCCGUCGCUCAGCGAGCUCCUCUUCAUGGUCUUCAACUUUGCGGCUUGCGUCCCCGUGUGGCUCUGCGUCGGCAUGUUCUCGCUGUAUCACCUCUGGCUUGUAUCCGGUAACACGACAACCAUCGAGCGCUGGGAAAAGGACAAGGUAUCGACCAUGGUUCGUCGUGGCAAGAUCAAGGAAAUCAAGUAUCCCUACAACAUUGGCACGCUGGCCAAUCUGAAAGCCGUCCUCGGUCCCAAUCCGCUCCUCUGGCUCUGGCCCCAAACGCAGAGUGGCACAGGUCUCUCGUACCCAGUCAACGCGGACGACACGGCGGCGCAAUACUCCUGGCCGCCACGCGACCCCAUCAAGGAUUUUGCGAAUCGCGGUCAACCUCAGCUGGACGGCGACCCCUUCGUGUACGGUGGGGACGGGCUCAACCCUGUCCUCAUGAAGAACCACACUCGUGUACGGCGACGCAAGUACGUCCCACCUUGGGAGAACGCUGUCAACUCGGACGACGAAGUGGCGGAGGCCACUGGAAGCGAGAGGAGCUCGUCUUCGCCGGAGCCGUAUCUUUCAGACUAUGACUCAGACGACGUUCCAUUGGCAUAUCACGCCUCGCAGUCGAUGCGUGUUAGGAGAGGGAGUGAAGGAUGGGAGGUGCGGCCUGCGCCUGGAUGGAGUGAGGGGUCGGCUAGUUGGACGCAUGAUGUGGAGAAUGGGAGGGCUAAUCCGUGGGAGCGGCCUGGAAGGUACAGAGUGUACGAUGACGACAAUUAG